AUGGAUGAAGAUACUAUCAUGGAGGUGAGGGAAGAUUUCAUGCUAUCACCUAACGGUGAUUGUAAACCAACUUUCAGAACGGCCCAUUUUCUCAAACCCAUUUCAAACUCCAUUGAUGAGCCACCAGCUUUUAAGUUUAACCCAUUUUCAUCAUCUCCGUCUUCUGUUUCUCAACCAAUGGAAUGGCCUUUGAAAAUCCAUUUUAUUGGGUGGCGUCGUCCAGGAACGAAAUGGUUUAGGUGGGUUGAUCAACUUAAGCCCAAAUAUGAAUCACUGUGGAAAAAUGUUGGCAUCUUUGAAGCUAUAAUGAGCACCAGGUGCCGCAUAAACAAAACUCAAGACUUGGUUUAUGGGGUUGUUGAGAAUUGGUGUUCUGAGACAAAUACCUUUGUUUUUCCCUUUGGUGAAGCAACUAUCACUUUGGAGGAUAUCAUGCUUUUAGGGGGUUAUCCUAUUCUUGGUGAUCCUGUUUUCACCUCACUUGAAGACCAACAAAUGAAAGAGGUUGAAGAGAAGCUCAUCAUUGCAAGACGGAAACUUUACCAGACUAAACAAGGUAAAGCUAGAGCAUCAAUAUGGAUGGAUAUUUUCAUUGAUAAAGGUAGUGAAAUUGAACAUGAAGCAUUCCUUGCUACUUGGUUGUCUGUUUUUGUUUUUCCUCACAAAGUUUUAGUGAAAAGUUGUUUAUUUCCUAUUGCUGUUCAACUUGCUAGAGGAAAUCCAAUUGCUUUGGCUCCUGCUGUUUUGGCUACCAUUUAUAAGGAUUUAAGUUUGUUUAAGAAAACAAUUGUUAGUUUAAAAAAAUAUCUUGUUGGUGGUGUAACAUUUCCCUUAGAGGUUACUGUUGCAUCACCCUUUUACUUGGUUCAAAUUUGGGUUUGGGAGAGAUUCAAAAAUUUACAACCCCAACCACAAACCAUGAUGAUCAAUCACGGAGAGCCUUUAUUGUUUAGGUGGCAUAAGGUUAAGGCUCCGAAAAUUGAUAAUGUUAGGUUUACAAUUGACUCAGCUAUCGAUGAUUUUCUUUGGCGUCCAUAUGUUAAAUAUGCUGAUAAGUGUGGAAUGUUUUAUCCAAAUGAUGAAAUUUUGGUACCGUUUAAGAAUGUUUUGGUGGAUAGACAAAUGCUCUCAUUUGUUAUAUGCAUGAGAGUUUCUGAGCUGGUUGGAUUUGAUUCUAUAGAGCAGUAUCUUCCACAUAGAGUUGCUAUGCAAUUUGGAAUCGAUCAAGAUGUUCCAAGUUAUGUGCCUAGAUUUAAUGAGACUAAAGUGAUUGCUUGGAAAAACUACUACAGACCCAUAUCCGAUAAAAUUUUGAAUUUUCCUUCAAGAUUUUUUGAGGCAGAUGUUACUGCCCGUUAUGCAAGGUGGUGGAAACAGUCUGUAUUGGGGCACGACGAUUUUGUUAAGAAAAUUGUGCAGCGGAAGAGAAGUGAAAGUUCAAGGAAACAUAGAACUGAUGUAGGAAAAGCCAACAGAAGUGAUAAUGAUAUUGGUGUUCCACCUGGUUUUCCUCCCAACCUUGUGGACACUCUUAUGUUUGGAAAGUUUUGUUAUGAUGGUUCAAAAACUAAAUCUAGAAAAGUUGAUGAUUUGUAUGCUGAUGUCCCUUAUCAGAACCAAGGUGAAAGCAAAAGCAAAAGCUUUUCUGUCAGAAAAAAAUUCUCUUCUUCUCAUGAUAUGGCUGCUCAUGCAGAAGCUAAAGAAACUGUCCAAGAAAAAGCAAGAUAUGAUGAAGUUAUGGUUUUGUUAAAAGAGCAAAACAUGAAGAGUCAAGAGGAACUCGCGCGUCUGGCAAGGCAACAGGAAGAGAUGUUACGGUUAAUGGCUUUGAGGGAGAAUAGAGAUGAAGAGUUGAGGCAACUACUCACUAGUUUUCUAAGGAACCAACAACCACCACCACAGUCAUCUUCUUAA